GCACACGGUGUGCAUGAUGCUGGCAGCGCGGUACUUGACUGUCGGAGCUCCAGGUUGCGCAUCAUUCCACUUAUCUCUGGACACGCGAAAGCGCAGAGCCAUGAAUCUUAGGUCAGAGUAAGGAACUCGUCGGAUAUCUCACCAAUACAGACUGCGCCUCCGUCCUGAGGACCAUUUGGUAUAUAACCAUUUCUCAGUCUUCUUGCUCUGCGGACUAGUGGAAUGAGCUGCUUUUGUCACGGUGUUGUUUCCUGUGCAGUAUGGGAACUGCCGUGUCCAAAAGAAAGAAUUUAAGAAACGAUGCCAUUUCCUCCGUCGCCGCAAAAGUUAGAGCAGCUCGCGCAUUUGGAGAGUACCUUUCACAAAGCAACCCUGAGAACCGCAACGGAUCAGAUCACCUGCUGUCUGACACCUUUGUUGGCCAAGACUCUGAAUCUCCAAGCAUUAGCUGCCUUCACAAGAAUAACCAUCUGCAGCCAUACUCUAGAACAUCUCCCAUAGCCAAGCACACACAAGAUCAGCCAGAUCCGGGCCUUGUGCCAGUUCCUGUGUCGGCCAGCGCCAAACGUCGUCUCUCUGUGGAGCGCAGCCUCUCGUCCGAGGAUCAGCCUCCAUCCCACCAGCCCCAACAAAGUUCGGUGAAGCCAGCUCGUGUCUACACCAUCAGCAGAGAAGGUGGAAUGCUGGGAGCCAGGGGCAGCGAGGAGAGCCUGGAGCUCGAGGUCCUACAGGGCCCCCAAAGUCGCACUAACCACCAGAGGACAAGCCAUCGCAGUAGUCAUGCUCACCACCAUCACACUCCAUCUUCUCAGCCACUACAGAGCUCAGGAAGUGCACAUAACAUCCGGGAUUGGGGUUCAAGGCGAAGUGGUUCAAGGGAGGACUACCCACGGCCACCAUGUCACAGCCAGCGCUCGCUUGACCUUGAUACAGUGCCAAGAGACAGCUCCAAGCAGCGCAAAAAGCUUGAGAGGAUGUAUAGUGAGGAUCGGGUGUCCACUGAGGACCGAGAAGAGCACACCAACAACUGGUUACCCAAAGAGAACAUGUUCAGCUUCCAAACUGCCAGCACCACCAUGCAAGCAAUAUCGGCUUUCCGCGGCUUUGCUGACAGAAAAAGGAGGAAAAGAGAACAGGAGGCCACCGCACUGAUGGAAAGAAACUUCCGGAAGCACCUGCGGAUGGUGGGCAGCAGGAGGAUGAAGGCUCAGACAUUCGCCGAUCGCAAAACGAAGAGCUUCAGUCGUUCCUGGAGUGACCCCACCCCCAUCAAGCCAGACUCGCUUCACGACUCCAGAGACAGUGGAGAUCUUCAGGUGUCCUCAGGCACUCUGGAUGAGGGAGAGUAUGAUGAUGUAGACUGGGAGGAGGAGAAAGAGCUGGAGCGGCUUGCUUGUGAAGGGGAUGACUUCAUUCCUCCAAAAAUCAUGCUGAUUUCAUCCAAGGUUCCCAAGGCGGAGUAUGUGCCCACCAUCAUACGCAGGAACGACCCGUCCAUCAUCCCCAUCCUCUAUGACCACGAGCAUGCAACUUUUGAUGAUAUACUGGAGGAGAUUGAAAAGAAACUUAACGCCUACAGAAAAGGCUGCAAAAUCUGGAACAUGCUUAUCUUCUGUCAGGGAGGACCUGGGCACCUCUACCUCCUAAAAAACAAAGUGGCAACAUUUGCAAAAGUGGAGAAAGAGGAGGACAUGAUUCAGUUCUGGAAGAAACUGGCCCGGCUUAUGAGUUUGCGAAAUCCUGAGCCAAAUCUCAUUCAUAUUAUGGGCUGUUAUGUAUUGGGCAACGCAAAUGGAGAGAAGCUUGUGCAGAACCUCAAGAGGCUGAUGAGACCAUAUGCUGUGGAGUUUAAGAGUCCUCUGGAACUCUCUGCACAAGGGAAGGAAAUGAUCGAGACGUAUUUCGACUUUCGUCAGUUCCGUCUGUGGAAGAGCCGGCAGCACUCCAAACUCCUCGACUAUGACGACCUCUUGUGACACCUCCUUGUUUCUCUUUAGAGUGCCCCGGAGAGGCGUGUAGCUCCAUUUAGGGCCAUACCGUGGCUAAGUUCCCCUCUAGAGCCUCAGUGUGAACGCUCUGAGCUGGAGGACGGUGAUGAGGAAGCAUGAAGACGGCUGUUUGAAUAGCUCGCGCCGACAUGCGGAUGAAGGCAGGCGAUUCAGGAUUUAGCCAUCGCUUCAAGGUGCCAUUUGUAUGACCUUUUGAACUCUCACCUGAAAAUGAGAGAUGUAAUGGUGAUGGAUAGUAGGUUCAUAUCGAGCUUAAUGAUGUGUUUCAAGAGAAAUUGACUUUUUUAAAAUGAUGUCCCUGGGGAGGAAGCUAACAUGGCCACAUUUGUUUUUUGAGUAGCUGUCUAGCUGUGCUGCAAUGAAUCACCAGGGACUGAUUUAUCAGUGGUUCUGAUUUUAGUCUUCUUUAGAAACUAAGUACUUAUUUGUUAUUUAUCAGGUAGAGGCAGUAAAAUAAACAAUUUUACUAAUCUCACAGGACUCCGUAUAGUACUGUAGUUGAGAAAAUUGCCAUAGUAUUCCUUAUUUAGAGCAUUGAUAUUUUUUGACAUUUUUUUUCUGGAGGAGAACUCAGGUUUUAUGAAGUAACCUCCCGGACCUGCAACAAUUCAGAAUUAUCAACAAAAGUUGCAGAAAUAAGAGGUCAGCCAAAAUGAAAUAUAGAAUUUAUUUAGUGUGUGUUUGUUUGUGUGUGUGUGUGUGUGUGUGUGUGUGUGUGUGUGUGUGUGUGUGUGUUAGAUUUCCAUAGAGUUAUGAAGUAAAUUUUCAUAGUGGAAAUUUUCAAGCAUCUUUCAUGAAUGAUUGAUUAAACAAUGUUAUAAUAUUGCUGAGCUCAUCCCAGAUCAAAACCCACCAUCUCUGUCAGAUGGAGUUACAGUAUGUGCCACAAAUAAGAUAUUUGUCAAAAAUAUGAUUAACAUUGAUGCAGCAUUUGAUUCAACAUGACCUCCCAUUUUGCAAUUUCGAAACCAAUCAGAUAACAAGUUUUAAAUAAUUUAAGAAAAUAUUUAAGACUAACCCUAAAACCCCAAAAUUUAAGAAAAGAAAACAAAUUAUAAAUUGAGCAUAAUCAUCUUUAAUUUAUAAUAGGAUCAAGUCAUAGACAAAAAGCCCUACUCUGUUCUGUCAAGUUGUGGCAAUAUUAUAAAAAAAAAAGAAUAAAUAAAUAAAAAAACUAAAUUGACUAUAAAUGUUCAAAAUUGAUAAUUGCAUUGAUAACAUUGAUCUGUGAGACAAUAAUUUGUUUAGAUCAUUUUUUUUUUUAAAUAUCUAUGAUUUUUUUAAUAUAUCAAGGUAUGUUUUUCUAUAAAACAUACCUUGUUUCUCUAAUUCAGGCAGUUAAAUAUUUUUAAAAAAGUUUAACUGUUAAAAUGCUGUCUAACACAAUAUUGUGACAAUAUAGUAUAACAUAAUAAAAAUUAAGAUUGUUUAAAUGAUUAGAACAAAUGUUUUUUUAGGCACAUGCCUAGAAGGAUGUAAUAUUAGUUCAAACUGUUUUGUGGUUUUUGAGGUGUAUUGAUAAGCUGAAAUUAAUCUAGACUGUUGUGCAGGUUUGCUCUGAUAUUGUAAAGCCUUUUAUACAUGUACGUGUGUACAUUCGUAUGUGUUCAGAAAUGUGCUGAUCCUUUGUUAACAUAGACCUACGUGUACAUCUUUGUAAUUUUAGAGGAAAGGACCUGAACUCAUGCUUGUUCAUAGCGUAAGGUUAAAGGGUGCAAUUCUUGGCAAUACUUCUUUUAUGAACAUAAGCAUUACCAACCAAAUGCUACUGUGAUUUGUUUUAGAUUUGUUUUUACAGUAUAUCUCAGUGAUGUCAUUUUUAUUUGUAAAAAAUUGUUUUAUGUGGACACAUCACCGUUUGCUUCUGCAUGCUCGCAAGCCUAAACAGAAGUAAUAACAUUCAGUAUGUAAAAUUGGACAGGAUGUGCUAAUCAACAUCUUGGUGCAUUCUGUCAAGAAUCACAGGUGUGGCUUCCACCCUGAAGAUGAUUGCUUUUCCAAUAACAGAAAGUGUUUUAUUCCUCUUAUACCACAGCAGUUCUCCAACGUUGUAUGUUUUAUGCAUUUAUACUGUAGUUCUUUCUGUUUAGGUCUUCCAGAAGACUUCCCUCUGUUUAAAAGCCUAGUUCCAGCUUUAUUUCUGACUGUUACAAAGCAUAUUAGAACAUGUGAAUUAACGCAAACCUUAACUCACUUCUGACCAAUUGAGAUUUUAGAUUCUAAAAUUCUGUGGUAUAAGCUGUGAUAAUAACCAGCUGUGUAAUCUUGCUUUGUCCUUUAAUUCUGAUUAAUCCCCAUUGAUUCCUGUAUAGCACAUUUCCUUUUUCCAGCACUGUGCUGUUUGUUUUUCUUCUGCUACCUGGUUGCAACCCUGAUAAAACUAAAGCCAAGAAUAUGUAGGUCAACAAGAACAAUAGUGCUGACAUUAAUAAGCUUGUUGGAUGCCUGGACUCCGACAGCCACAUGCGAGAACCAUAAGGGCUCAGCAAGAGAUGUUGAACCAUCUGGGUGUUGGGCACUAAUCUCCCGGGUAGGACACUGUGUGACUGUGACUUACACACAUGCCUCACCUAACCCUGGAGUGUCAUAAUAUGCUGAGUUGGCAAGAUUUAGCAGCUCGUUAUGGAAUGAUGGAAGUUGCUGGAAUUUCGGCGUCAUGAAUUACGUCAGCUCUUGGACUGGAUUCUGAGAAGGCUAUAAACCUGCAUGUCUCUCACUAGACAUCUUCGAAUUCAUGGCUAUAUUUUGUAGCAAUAGACAUUGUGAUUUUUAACUGUAGAACAACCUGUAUGUGUAAGAUGUGUUCAUGUGUGUAUCACACGUUUAAUCACUCACUGACCGGUUUUCGCAAUAGAGUGUGUGAGAAACAUGUUUAGGAUCAGACUCAGGACCUGAAAAUGCUUAACAGAUAACUUAUAGUAACUGUACUUGUAGAUGUAUUGUAUUAAUUAAUGUAACCAUACACUAAGGACACUAUUUAUUGUGCAGCGCAGUUAUCUGGUAAUUGUGAAAAUUACCUAUAGAAGGUAUUAUAAACUGACUUUUUUGAUAUGUAUUUGAUUCAUAGUGGGAAGUGUUCAUAGAGGUACCAGACAUCUGCAUAAGCAUUUUAUGACUACUGUUUUUAAGGUCCUAUUUACUCAGCUAGGACAAAAACACAAACAAAAUGCUUUUUGGAAUGUUAAUGUUCAGUCAUGAUGGCAAGUCAAGAUUUGUUGUUGACAUAAGAUUGUUGUAUGACAUUUUUAGGACUGACAUAUCAAUUCUUGAGAACACACUUACAAAUAUACCAUUUUAAAGACAAUUAUAACAUGUCAGGAUCAGAGUCACAUAAUAAUGGUUUGGCAUGUCAAACAUCACUCAUCAAUAAUUUGAUUUCAUAGCAAAUGUACAGUAUUUAUCUGUCAUCCUGGUGUCAUUGUUUUGCAGCAGUUUAUUCAUAAAGAUCAUAUACAGCAUGAACUUAAACCCACUUUAUUAAAAAAAAAAAACACACCCACACACAGAUCUGUCAUUCAGUUAUCAUAAAGAUGUCAUCUCAUUCAUCAACUCUUUUUAGGAGUUUGACUUAUGCUUUGCUAUCAGCAUUUACAUUACACAGCAAAUUGUCAUGUCAGUGUUAUUAAAACCAAGUGCCUAGUAAAGGAAACACUGUAGUGUUAAAUUUUCCAGCGAAUCUCCUUUAGCAAGUGUCACCUCACCACGAUAUGACUGUGACAUGACAUCCUAACUUAAAGAAAAGCUUCAACAUGAACCACAUUAAAUAUGUUGCAUAUUAAAUAUCUUAGAGAUGUUGGUGCUAAAUUGUUUGUUGGUGCUGCAAUUUCAUUAUUGUCAUAAGAAGACCACAUUUUUUAUUUUUACGUGAUGUUCCAUGCCACAUAAAUCUAAUGAAAAUUUUUCAUUAAAGUUUAAUUUUUAUAGUAUAUGAUGAUUGCUGAAAUGUGAGGGGUGUACUCACUUUCGUUUGGUACUGAAAAUAUAAAUGAAUAUUCAAAGUUCCAGAGUGCAAUGCAACUACUGGACAUAGUUGUGCUUUCACCCUUAGCAGGAUGCACAAAUGAUAAGGUGAAAAAGCUGGACAGACUGAGUUCCACUUCAUCACUUUUUUUAGGUACAGUUUAAGCUAAAGUUAAUCCCACUGGCACCACUACACUGGCAUGUGGAAACUAGAUACCAGAAUGUUAAUGGAAUAAUCUUAACGUAAAGGAAUUUUUCUUUCCCUUCAUGUCAGCCUGAAAGUGUCAAAACACAAGCCUGUGUCACAACAAGAUCGAUAAAAACGGUUGAAGUAAUCCUUUAGAAAAUGCUUGUUUAGAUUUACAUCUGUAUGUCAUCACUUAUUAAUGUUUCUCUAUGAACAGUACCCACUUUGCAAUUUAAAGCAUUACUUAUAUAGUUAAGGUUUGAUAUCAAAGAUCAGUUCACACUGAAUUUAAGGGGUCUGGAUUUAUUUAUAACAAAAUGUGUUGAAAUUGACUCAGCAGUAAGCUGACAUUCAAGGUCAGGAAGGAAAUUACACUAAGGUCUUUUUGACCAUGUGAUUUGUUCUUGGAAAAGAAGUGGGCUAUAAUGAUUCAUAUCAACUCAUUUCUCAUAGGCGCAUUGAAUAAUCGAAUUGCAAAUGAAACCUUUUGGAGAAAGCGUGAAUACGAAGGUCUUUUCAGUUUGGCCGAAUGAUUCUAAAUGAUUUCUGGGAUGAUAAUUGGAUAAGAUUACUACUGAUAGACAGCAUCAUGAAUGCACUUUGCUUUAGAAAUGAAAUGUGUGGCGUCAAGGGCACUUUGAAGGGUCCAGUGUUGAACUAAGCGACUCCUCUGGUAAUUUUGAUACUUUAGAGAACAUGAGCUAACUCAUGGUUUAUAUCUUUAUUAGUCCAGUAUAUUUCUUUAUUUCAGAACUUGUAUGAAACUCUACAGAUUUACCGUCACGCUGUACUUACACAGUUGAAGUGUAUGGUUUUACUUUGUCCUGUAGCAGUACAGCACUGAGCAUUAAUGAUGUUUCUAAAAUGGAUUUUUCAAUAAAAAUCUAGGUUGA